AAAACAGUUAGAUUUGACAGCUCUGCACUGUCCCGCAAAACGCUGAUAAAAUGCAAUGGGAACUGUUACUGCCAAUGUCAGAAAUAAACUACACUAUUUAACCAACCUCUUUAGAUACAGGAGCGACUUUUUAUGGGACUGUCUAGGAAUGCUAAUGCGAGGAAAAGGUACUUUUGGCUAGUUUUAUCUGUGUAACUAGCUAGCUAGUUAGCUUCCACGGCUAACGAAAGUUGCUCCAUGGCUAUCUAUGGGCUGAACCUUACCAUAUAUAGACCGGCCACAGAGCUCCCUCGCCGGUGAAAUGUAAACAGUGGCUCGAUGAGGAGGUUGACAAAGAGUCUAGCAAAAACAAAACUCAGCCUGGAAUAAAUAAAAAACGCUAGCUUCACCAUGUCAUCGGACCAGAUUAUUGCCAUUGUCAUGGAUGAUAAAAUCUACGAGGUGAAUAAAAAGAAGCUGAUAGAGAAGAGCGACUACUUCCGUGCGCUGUACAGCUCCGGGAUGAGGGAGUCCACGGAGGACUCCGUGCAGCUCCAGGGGCUCAGUGUGCCCGGCCUGGAGCUCGUCCUGGAGUUCAUCAACACCUCCAAGGUUCAGGUUGUCAACGAGACUCUGGAGGACCUGAUUGAGACCGCCUCCUUCUUACAGGUCACCUCCAUCCUCAAGCUCCUCACUUCGGAGAUCCGGCUGGACAACUGUGUGGAGCUGUUCAGCCUCUCUGGAGUUUAUGGAACUCAUGAUCUGCGCAAUGCUUGCCUCAAAUACAUGAGCUGCUACUAUCAUCCCAUGCUGAGGCGGCCAGAGUUCAGCAGCCUCCCCUCUGCUGUCAGAGACCAAGUUAAGGAGAUGCGCAUGAAAGGCACCGCCACCUUGGUAGCCAUCGGGGACUUCACCUGCCUCUCCCUGGACAUGCCCGACCAGGAUGAACCCUGGUCUAUGCUGAGGUAUGGGGAGUUGGAGCAGCGCUGGAAACCACUCGCAAACAACCUGCCCUCAGAUAUGAUCAACGUCAGAGGAUAUGGGUCAGCUGUGCUGGAUAACUACCUGUUCAUAGUGGGUGGAUACAGAAUGACGAGCCAGGAGAUCUCUGCGGUGCACUGCUACAACCCCUCCAGGAACGAGUGGAACCAGGUGGCUCCGCUCAACCAGAAGAGGUCCAACUUCAAGCUGCUGGCAGUACAGGGGAAGAUGUACGCUGUAGGAGGCCAGAGUCUGGGCACGGUGGAGUGUUACAGUCCAGAGCAGGACUGGUGGACGUGUGUGUCCUCGAUGCCCGACCCGCUGGCUGAGUUCUCUGCCUGUGAGUGCCAGGGGAUGAUCUACGUCAUGGGCGGAUACACUGCAAGAGUUUGCCUUCAACACUUUGACCGUCCUCGUCCUCUGCAGACCUGCGGCCUCGGUGCUGCCGCAUACAGGAACACAAGUGUCCUCCGUUACUGCCCCACCUCUGACACCUGGACGGUGUUUCGCUCCUGUUCGGCGCACAUCCGCAAGCAGCAGAUGCUCUCGGUGGAGGACACCAUCUACCUUGUGGGCGGCUACACCCACGAACUGGAGUUUGGCCAGCGGCGUCCCAGCCAGACGGAGGACGUGCUGACGGUGCAGUCCUACAACGUCUCCACGGGUCAGUGGAUCCAGUUGAAGGAGAACACAUCCAAGUCGGGCCUGAACCUGACGUGCACGCUGCACAACGACGGCGUCUACAUCAUGAGCCGGGACGUCAGCCUGCCCACCAGCCUGGAGCACCGCGUCUUUCUCAAGUACAACAUCUUCUCUGACGCCUGGGAGGCGUUCAGACGCUUCCCGGCUCUGGGUCAGAACAUGCUGCUCUGUUCGCUUUACCUGCCCAACGUGCUGUGAUUCAGAGGGCUGAUUGGAACAAUCCCAAGCGGCAUUAAUAUCGGCCUGUGUGCGUGGCUUGCUUGUUCUCGCACAGAAUGGGGCUCUGUGGCAUUAGUGGGAACAGUGUCCGGUUGCCAGGUUUGAACGCCUCGUGACCUUUGUGCCUCAAAUAAAACCUGCACAUUGUACAUACUGCUGUGGAUGCAAAUACAAAAGCUACAAUGACAAGUAUGAAAGUGAUGAAGCGCCACGGCCUGUAGGUCAACAUCAUCACAACAGCUAGCCCCAGUUUGUGCCUCUCGUGUGUUAAACAUUGCAGUCACAGUGGAAUCAUCCGUUUCUCUGAGAAGUAAUUACUGUAACGUUUGAGGAAGCCAGAAGGUCGUUAAACAACACUUAACGCUGCUCCGAAGGUAUAGCCAGAGACUCUCGGAACCAUCUGGAGGAGGAAAUAUUCCGUCUGCUGCACAAUUAAAAAGGUUUUUAACUUGUAUCCUGUCCAGCUGACCGUCCGGUUGACAUCUUUGUUUUAAUUGGGAAACAGAUGUACAACUUAAAAAAUCUUUUUUUGUUGUGCAGCAGACCGAAUCUUUUAGGAUUUUGGAAAUACAUUCAGCGCUAAGAGUUAUUAAAUGAUAGAGCUGCAACGACUUACUCCACUAAUCGAUUAGUUGAUUAAUCGUUAAACUAGUUUUUUUGAGCAAAAAUGUCAGAAUUAUGGAGAUUUCCUGCGUUUUUAUCGUCUCAAACUGAAUAUCUUGACAAAACAAGACAUUUAAAGACGUCACUUUGGACUUUAAGAAACUGGGAGGGACAUGUUCUACUGUUUUCUGACAUUCCAAAAACAGACCAAACAAUUAACACAGAAAAUUAUUGAUAUUGAAAAAUCGCCUUCUGGGUUUUUCAAACCUCGUCAGAUAAUUAUUGUAACGGAUGCUCACCUCGUGAUCCACACAAACAAACUGGGGUUACAUCGCAGCAUGAUAUUAAAUCUAUGGGCCACAAUAUUCCCAAUGUUUACACUCCAUAUAUGGCAUUGGCGUACAGGUUUAUCCGUAAUUCACUACAAACCUUAAAAUAUCUUGGAAACAACACAUUUCUUGUCUUUGUGAAUUGUAAAUAGCAGAUGAUGUAAGAGAUGGCUUUGGUUUUACACUGCCAGGUUACUGUUUGUGAGGAGAAGCUCAGAGGGAGCCGAAUGUCUUAUGUACACUUGCACAGUCUUACUUUCCUAAGCAAAGCCUAAAGCGCUGUUCCAUGACGUGAACGAUGCCCAUGUGCCUUCUGCAACCUCAGUUAAUGGAACUUGAUGAAAAAAAGAAAAAGAAAGCACAAAAUGCAAGACUUUGUCACAUCGCCAGCAACUGACCAAAACUGCUGUUUGAUUUGUUUUCCUGCUGAAGCAGAUGUUUUCAUUACGGUACUUUUCAGUUCCUUUUAUUAAAUAUUUGGGGUGUGCAGAAAUGAGAAAAAUAAUCCUGAAGUUUCGGGUGAAGGCAGCAACUGUGUUUGAUUUUGUGGAUUUCAGAUUCUCUUUGCAUUACUUAUUUGUUUGACGGUUUCUUUUUUUUGUUUUUAAAUGAAUGAAGGUCCUGAUAAUAAAGACGAUGUUCAGGUCU